CGUUGGUAAAUCUGCGCGUGAGGUUUACGUUUUUUGAAAUCGCAUAAAAUAAAAAAUAUAUAUAAAUAAUAUAGAGUUAUUUCUUUGCAUAUUUUUUUAGAAGUAUAUAUAAUUACGGUACGAUUACAGUACAUAUUCUCAAAUAUACAUACAUAUACUGUUAUUAAAACGCGAAGACUAAUGCAGUUUUGAAACGGAAGAGUUUAGUGCUAUAUGAUAAACAAUAUGACAGCGUCAACUAUGCCAAAAACUGAAGAGGGCUCAAAUUCAGAGUCGAACCUCAAUGAUUUCAAUUCACGCACAGAUUUGGUUAAAAUAUCGGAAAACGAUGGUGAAUACAACCCAGCAGAUCAUAGAGAUCAAGCUAAAGGUCAGUCGACAGGUGGCGCUAUGGCUCAUUUCAUAAAAAGCUCAUUAGGUAGCGGCAUUUUGGCCAUGCCAAUGGCUUUUAAAUCGGGUGGUUUGCUGUUCGGUAUGAUUGCUACGUUGGUGGUGGGCUUCCUCUGUGCGCAUUGUGUGCACAUAUUGGUAAAAACCUCACAAAGUAUCUGCAAAGAUAUUAAAGUGCCUGCUUUGGGUUUUGCUGAAACCGUCGAGAAAGCCUUUGAAAAUGGCCCCAAAAGAUUGCAUUCGUGGUCGAAAUUUGCAAAAGUUUUUGUGGAUGCAAGUCUUAUGGCAACAUAUUACGCCGCCGCUUGUGUGUACAUCGUGUUUAUUGCCACAUCAUUUCACGAUGUGAUCAACUAUGACACCGGGCUUGAAUGGCGUUUGCGUGUUUAUAUUUCAUUGACAGUCAUACCUUGCCUAUUGAUUGGUCAGAUAAGAAAUCUGAAAUGGCUGGUGCCAUUCUCUGCGAUGGCAAAUGUUUUCAUACUGGUCACUUUUGGCAUUGUGUUGUACUAUUUAUUUAGCGAACCAUUGAUAUUCAGCGACAAGGCAUUAAUUGGCGAAGUCACAAAGAUACCGCUUUUCUUUUCCACAGUCAUCUUCGCUAUGGAGGGUAUCGGUUCAGUUUUGCCCGUGGAAAAUGCCAUGAAGAAACCGCAGCAAUUCCUUGGCUGUCCUGGUGUACUCAAUUCAUCUAUGUUCAUUGUUGUUAUAUUAUAUGCCGUUAUCGGAUUUUUAGGUUAUGUGCGUUAUGGUGACGCUGUGCAAGGCAGCAUUACAUUGAAUUUAAAAGAUGGUGAUGCUUUGGCUGAUACUGCAAAAUUACUAAUGGCCGUGGCGAUACUUUUCACUUAUGGCUUACAGUUCUACGUGCCUAAUGAAAUCCUAUGGAAAAAAAUCGCACACAAAUUCAAUGAAAGAAACCAUAAUAUAGUACAGAUAAUUAUUCGUGCAGUUAUUGUAGUGGUCAGUGGCGGCAUUUGUCUUGCAAUACCCAAUCUUGAAAUUUUCAUUAGUCUUGUGGGUGCUGUAUUCUUCUCCUUACUCGGUAUCUUUGUGCCCAGCGUUUGUGAAACAGUUUAUUUAUGGCCAAAUCGCUUGGGAUGGUACAAAUGGAAGCUAUAUAAGAAUAUAUUAUUAUGUGCAUUUGCGAUAUUUGCACUAGUUGCUGGAAGUUCUGCUAGUAUAGAUGAAAUUAUUACGAAGCUAAUACAAAAUAAAGACAGUUAGGUUGAAAAAUAAGUUUUAGCCUAUCUAGUUUAAAUUUGUCUAAGUAGUCAAUUUUGUAAUUUUAAUUUGUUGUUUGUUUAAUGAAAAAACGUAUUGUAAUAUUUUUUAAAUUUAGAAAUACACAAAAAAUAUUUUACACAAA